AGCAUGAUCUACAGAACAGGGAGUCCAGGCCUGGAGGCUGGUUGUGCUUUCAAAUACUUGCUCUGUCUCCAUCUACUGGAUAAGAAAUAUUGGACUGGCCAGUAUCUCGGCUAUUGACUGAGUUGAGAGGCAUCGAUGAGGCAUCCAAAAUAGACAACCCAGGAUCAGAUUUAUUUAUCUCCCCGCUUCAGAAUGUGGCUCUUUUUGACGAUGGUUGACAAAUCAAAGAAAUGAGGGCUUCAGGUUUACAUCUGCGUUUCAGAUUCCUUUGUGUUGCUCAAUUUCCUGCCCACCUCAGCUACUGACAACAGCAGCCAGGAGCGGAAUCCUGCUGUCCCGUGGAACCAUCACGGCACCGAGGAGAGAUACGCAUGGAACAUGGCUGCUUUGAGGACUUUAACCGUGGCAGGUCUUUUUUUGGCAUUUUGCGCUUUGGGGCUGAUAGCAGUCGCGAUCAGCACGGACAACUGGUACGAGACUGACGCGAGGAGGCACCGGGAGCGCUGCAAGAAUUAUUCAAACAAAAGAAACGACCCUGGCUAUAUUUACAUCUCCAACAACAACCUCCCGCUUCGCAUGUUGCCAAAGGAGACGGCUGUGGGGAGGGAGCGCUCCAAUGUCAGAGGCGGCGAACUGAUGCUGCUGCGGGCCAAGCGGCACUUCUUGCCUCCUGCGCCCGCCAUGGAGUCUCUCUGCAGUCGGCAGUUCAACUCCACCAUCACCGGACUGUGGAGAAAGUGCCACCGGGAGGGAUUUGACUUAGAGACAGAAGAUUUGAUAUUUAAAGGAUUGGUUCCGCGCUGCACGCCAAUAAAAUACUACUACUCAUCAUCGGCGCUGCCCAGGAAUCUGCCUGUCAAUCUGACCAAGACAAUAAGGCAGGAUGAAUGGCACGCGCUCCACCUCCAGAGGAUGACCGCCAGCUUCAUAGGCAUGGCCAUCUCCAUCAUCCUGUUCGGCUGGAUCAUAGGUGUACUGGGCUGCUGUAAGGAGCAUGAUCUGAUGCAGUAUGUCGCUGGACUUCUCUUCCUCAUGGGAGGAACAUGCUGCAUUAUCUCUCUUUGCACAUGUGUGGCUGGGAUCAACUUCGAGCUGUCCCGCUAUCCUCGCUAUAUGUUUGGGAUACCAGAGGACAUCAGUCAUGGUUAUGGCUGGUCCAUGUUUUGUGCGUGGGGUGGACUGGGCCUUACAUUGCUGGCUGGUUUCCUGUGCACACUGGCUCCUUCCCUCUACCCUCCACACACUCCAGUGGUGCACAAGCCCAGGCAGGAAAAUGGCUGUGUCUGACAGGCCACACCACACAUCCAACAGACACCUGUCUCCUCCUGAAACAGUGACGAGCCCUGUUCCAGAGACACUUUUACCCAUGCAGGGACUCAGAGCAGUGAGAGCCGUGAUGCAGCACAGAGAAAGCACAGGACACUGACUCUUAACUCACGUGAAAAAUGAGAAAAAGAGGCGACAUUUGACUGAAGACGCUUUCAGUUCCUCUGGUGCUUUUUUCUUGUGUCUCUCUCUAUGAAUGAACUCUUCAGUGUUAUUGCUUGCUCUCGAGGAGACAAAUAGUUAUACAAAAUGUCUUCAUGUAAAAUAUGCUAGUGGAUGAGGGUGGGGUGGGGGGAUGGGGAAGAAGAACAGAAAAAGAAACACUGGCAGAAGACCCAUAGCACAACUUUAAAAUCUGUAUUGAAGAUGGAUGUGUACCUUCACAUUUCAAAGGGCAACUGUGUAUCAUUAUGUACUCAUUCAAAACAAGAUAUGUACAUGUAAUUUUUAACUGUAUGUAUGCAGAUGAAUUUGUGUUUAUUCAAGGAAAAAUAUGAGCAUCAAGACCAAACUGUGUUUGAGGGAAAUGUUUUGUUGUUUUUAAUGUCUUACCCCCCCCAUCAAAAUAUUUUUGAAAAAUAAAACAAUCAUGCAAAACUA